AUGAAAUUCGAUACAUUCCUUGCUACUGUUGGUGAUUGGGGCAAAUUUCAAAAAGUCAAAUAUACCCUAAUCUGUUUAACUUAUAUGUUGCCACCAAUCAUGGUUUAUACUUAUUCAUUUACUGCAGCAACGCCAGAUUUUCGCUGUGUGCGUCCAGAUAAUUCGUCGACAGAUGAGUAUAACAAAGUAGACAACGAAUUUUUCAAACGAAAUUAUGAACCAUCGGAAGAGCGAUGUAAAAACGAGAAAAGUCAUAUAUCCAUAUCGGAAUGUCAACGUUGUUUUUAUCAAAAUAAAGACACAACUAGUUCGUCUAAAUUGAACCAAUGUUCGCAAUACGUCUUCAGCAGAGAACAUUACACGAAAACUCUCGUGGAAGAAUGGAGUAUGGUUUGCGAUCGAGUGGAAUAUCGAUCCAUAGUACAAUCAGUGUUCUUCGCUGGUUACAUGGUUGGUUCGAUUUUCUUCGGUGUAUUAGCAGACAAAUACGGUCGUCGUCCUGUAAUGAGUGUUAGCUUUAUUCUUAUCUCGAUAGCUGGAUUCCUUUGUGCUUAUGGUCCUCGACAAUCACAAGGAUUUCUCACGUCUUAUACGAUCUUCGUUAUUGCACGAUUUUUACUAGCGUGUGCAACGCGAGGUGUAUCGGUGUCGGGAUUUGUACUCGGUUCGGAAAUCGUUGGCCCAAGUAAACGUCUGCUGACUGGCAUUGUCAUUGAAUAUUUCUUUGCAUUUGGCCAAUUAUUUCUGCUUGCAUUCGCGUACUUCAUACGUACAUGGCGAGCAUUAACAGGUGCAAUAACUCUAUUUACUAUCCCAUUUAUAUUCUUUUAUUUCAUUCUGCCUGAAAGUCCUCGAUGGUUGGUUAGUAAAGGACGAUUUGAUGAAGCGGAAAAAAUUCUACGCCGAAUAGCGGUGAGCAAUAAACGAAAUUUCGAUCGCGAUGCUUAUCAACAAGUUAAAGAUGAACAAGAAAAAAAUAUGUUGAAUAAAACCAAUCAAGAAGGUAUUCUCAGUUUAUUCAGAUCGAAAAUCAUGCUCGUAAUCAGUUUAAACCUAUUCUUUCAAUGGCUCCUUCAGAAUUUAGUGUUCUAUGGUAUUUCACAAAGUACCGGUGUGUGGAAAAUGAAUCCAUAUUUAUCAUUCGGUAUCAGCGCACUUGUGGAAUUACUCGCGUAUAUUUUGGUUCAUCUUAUCCUUGAUCGUGUCGGUCGUAAAUUACCUUACUGUUCUUUUUCUGUACUCUUUGGUAUUGUGGCAAUACUCGUUUUACCUGUACAAAAAUUUAUGGAAAAAGACAGUCAAGCACAACGAAUGACAAUGAAUUUAAUUUACGGAUCAUUGAAAUUUUUGACGUCGGCGUCCUAUGCGAUUAUUUAUAUAUAUGCUAAUGAAUUGUUUCCAACCAAUCUAAGAAAUACAGGCAUGGGUAUUUGUUCAAUGAUCGCACGUAUUGGCGCAAUGGUUGGAACGUUCUGUAAUGAUGCAUCAACUAGAAUCUGGAUACAUCUUCCUAUACUUAUCUAUGGUGUUGCUUCGUUGUUAGCAGCAGUUUUGGCUUUGAUGUUUCCUGAAACAUUGAAUAAACCAUUACCACAGAGCGUCACCGAUGUUGAACGAAUGGUAGUGGCUGGUAUUCGUCCUGGAAAAGCACAGAGCGGAGUUACAGAUGGCACUGGCCAUGAAGGUCAAUCUUUGACAGGAAAUAACGAAGACAUUAUCCUCAAAGAUCAAUUACAACGAAUGAAUCUAAGUGACACUGAACAGAUAUGA